AUGCUUUCUUUUCUAAUUUGCUUCUGCAAGCAGUCAAAUUCACUAUCUGACCUUUUUUAUCCUCCACCUCUUCUCAGACGACGCAACAUUUUUCGAAAAGGAAAGAGAACAUUCAUUCCGAAAAGUCGACAACUACUCCGAUUCAGAAUGCAGGGUUUCAAGGAUGACUGCUGUUGCAUCCUCAUCCUGAUUCUUCUCGUCUCCACACUUGACGCCUAUCCAAUCUCUUCAGCAGCUGUGAUGACAGUUGAAGAUGGUUUCGAAAUCGAGAAACCCAAUUUGCAUGCUCAUCAUCAUCAUCACAAGCACCACAUUCGCCACAAACACCGUCGCCGAAGUCUAACUUCAGAUGAGGAUCACACAAAAACUCAGCGAAAUAAGCAAGUGAUGCUGACAAAACCAUAUUGGCCAUGGCCGUAA